AUGCAGACUUUCGCAUACCCGCAGGCAAGUGGCCCUUCGGACCUCACACGAACUGACACCACUAGAUCAACUGAAACUCAUACUUCUUCUCACGAGCCAUCAACCCACGACGGAGAACGGAGCAGAAGACCCUCGACGAAGCCAGCAUCAUUGCAGCUGAGCCUCAUGAACAAACAAAAGAUGAAAGAAAACGACACCAAACCCUCCGCAUCAUCAAUCCUCAGCUCCAUCAACCGCAAGCUCGAUCGUUUCCUCGACGACAUCCGAGAAAACGGCUUCAUCGUCCGCGGUAGCAAGUACCUGAGCGAGGCUGAAGAAGCCAAAUCCCUCCCUCCAACUCCCUGCAGGGGCAGGGCUUUAGAAUUAACGUUUCUCAUUCCCAAGCCAUUGUCCUCGACUAGUGCACCCACCCGCGGUGAGAGCCAGAGGAGGAAGUUAUCGAAGCCCGCAGAUGCUUGGAAAAGGAUCGGAUCUCCCGAGUACCGGUUUCUCUAG